CAGACAGACAGAGAGUGCCCUGGCAAAUGGCACCCCAGAGCUCCACUGGCCGCCUGCCCUGCCGGUUAGGGAUGGUGGGUGAUCUGGGAAGACACACAGUAUGUGUGUCAUCCAGAGACACACUCGUCCCCAGACGACAGACCCAGGGUAGUACUGGGUAGAGAAGUACAUACACAUAGUUCCAAGAUACAUUCAUACACACAGAUGUCCACACCCUAGAUAAACAGACACAAACACCCACCCCAACACGUAUCAGUUCAUACGUGGAGCUGUAGACAGAUGUGCAGACACACUUGGAUACACUGUCCACGCUCCUAUCAUCUGUCCAAAGAUACAACGUUACACACCCAAUACCCAGUGCUGUUAAAGAAGGACGAAACAUACACACACACACACACACACACACACGCAUGCACACACGCUCCGAUUCAUAGACACAGGAUACCCAGACACACACUGCUACCGACCCACAUAGGGACACACACCAAUUUAUAAAUAAACACUUGGAAAUACCCACUUCCCAUCAUAUGAUUCACGAACACAAUGAUCUCACAGAUACACAGCCACAGGGACACACAUCCAGUUCCACAGACACACUUUCCCAUAGGCACUUUUGGGGUCAUGCUCUGAAACAGCCACACAUAAUGAAGCACAAACUCUCAGGGACCCACAGAACACAGACUCUCGAUAUAAAACUCCCACGGACCCACAAGAAGAAAUGGGCGUGCUAAUAUACUCAGUUUUGUAGACUUCCCACGUGCUCACAGAUGCACACAGACACACAGGGGCCCUCAGGAUAGAUGUUCUUCCGAGCACACACAGCACAUACACGUGCAACACAGUCACUAUCAGCUUCAAAGAAAGACCCACAGAUAGCAGAUGGCCACAGAGAUGGGGGGGGCUGGACACUUCUCUCGGGCACACACUAGUUUUCCCAGGACCAGGGACUUCCCAGUCCUUCCAAAGCAAAGCACUUUCUCUCUGGGCCGAAGAUCCCCAGGCCACUUUCACUCCCCAGGGCAGCUGGAAUGGGACAGGGCAGGGGGGGUGGGGAGCGGAGGACCCCCACUGUGGAGUUGAAUUUUGAUGUAGGGACUUCGGAAGUUCAAGGACCAGAUUCCCCUAGCAUUCUUGGGGUGAAGAUUCCCACACCCCAGCUCCUCUGCCCAGCCUUCCGAGGACAAGCCCUCUACUCCCUCUCUUUCCUGAGAGGGUUCCUUGGGGAUGGGCCAGGGGGCCGCCUCAAACUCCACUCCUGAAAUGCUCUGGUCUCCUUGGGAGUUUGGGAAUUGGGGCGAGAGUAUAGGUGGCUUGGAAGGGAGAGGCCAUGUGUCUACAUUUAGCCAAAAUCAGCCUGGAAGUGAGGGAGGGGUGUGUGUGUGUGUGUGUGUGUGUGUGUGUGCACGCGUGUGUGCCAGAUUGUCAAGCUACAUUUGGGUGUAUGCCGGCGUGCAUGUCAGUGUGACCCAGAUCUCCUGGCUGAGAAUUUCCACGUAGCCACAGCUGUGUGCGCUAACGCGUGUGCACAGAAGUGUGCAUGUGUGAGCACUACUGGAAGCAAACUGGAGGAGGAGCAGGCGUCUGUGUACGUGCGUGUGUGUGUGAGCGCUUGUGGCCAAGGCUCAUGAGGGUCCCCGGGGAGAGUCUCAAAAAAGAGACGUCCCGGGCUUUCUGAGCUUACACCCCUGAGAGAAUAGGUGCUCAUUCCUGCGCCCCUGCGAGGGCGGGAGUAGUCUGGAGUAUGGGCGAGUAAGGUAUUGCGCCUUGAGUGCCUUCCGGCCCUCGGCCUGCCGCCCGGCGGCUGGACCAGGGAAACGGGGCGCAGAGCUCUGGGCACCCUCCUGCCCCCCUGCGGCGCUCCCGCCCCCUCAAAGUGCUGUCGAAAUAAAAAGCAGCGGCCGCUGCGGCCGGGGGAGGGGAGGGAGAGGCAGCGGGAGCGAGAGGGAGGUAACGAGGCCAGCGCCGCCCGGGCUCGCCGCUCAAGUCUCUAUCUCCAGGCUGCCUUCGCCCCCACCCCAGCCGGCCCCCGUCGGCCACCAGGCGAACAAAAGCGGCCCGCCGCGCACCAUGCGGCCACUCAGCGCGCCACCCGGGCCCUGCUGGUGAACGCCGACAGCUCGCACCGGGGUCCUGUGGGCCCACCUAGCCACGCACCGCGCUGUGCGCCCCGCUCCGCUCCGGCCCCGUCCACCCGGGGGCGCCGCCCGCCGCACCUCGCUGGGAGUCGCGAGCUGGCGCCAGGGCGGCCGGAGGAUGCCGAGGGGCCGGAGCCGGGCGGGCCUGAGGCCGAGGCGCGCGCUGUCCCCCGCUCCUACUCCGUGAGCCCAGCCGCCUGAAGCGCGGUUCCUGAGCCCGCCACUCCCGGGGCUCCCGCCGGUGCUGAACCUCCGUCCCCGAGGCCGUGGCCCCCCUCCCUGCGGCGUUGCGUGUGGACGCUGCCACCGCCUCGGCCCAGAUCCCGAGCCUCCACUCCCGGCCAUGGAGGUGGCGCCGGAGCAGCCGCGCUGGAUGGCGCACCCCGCCGUGCUGAACGCGCAGCACCCUGACUCGCACCAUCCGGGCCUGGCGCACAACUACAUGGAGCCCGCGCAGUUGCUGCCUCCCGACGAGGUGGACGUCUUCUUCAACCACCUGGACUCGCAGGGCAACCCCUAUUACGCCAACCCAGCCCACGCGCGGGCGCGCGUCUCCUACAGCCCCGCGCACGCCCGCCUGACCGGAGGCCAGAUGUGCCGCCCACACUUGUUGCACAGCCCGGGGUUGCCCUGGCUCGAUGGGGGUAAAGCAGCCCUCUCCGCGGCUGCAGCGCACCACCACAAUCCCUGGACCGUGAGCCCCUUCUCCAAGACGCCGCUGCACCCUUCAGCUGCUGGAGGCCCCGGAGGCCCCCUCUCCGUGUACCCAGGGGCAGGGGGUGGGAGCGGGGGAGGCAGCGGGGGCUCUGUGGCCUCCCUCACUCCCACUGCAGCCCACUCUGGCUCCCACCUCUUCGGCUUCCCACCCACUCCGCCCAAGGAAGUGUCCCCUGACCCCAGCACCACCGGGGCUGCCUCCCCAGCCUCCUCUUCCGCAGGGGGUAAUGCAGCCCGGGGGGAGGACAAGGAUGGGGUCAAGUACCAGGUGUCACUGACCGACAGCAUGAAGAUGGAAAGCGGCAGUCCCCUGCGCCCAGGCCUGGCUGCCAUGGGCACCCAGCCUGCCACACACCACCCCAUCCCCACCUACCCCUCCUACGUGCCCGCCGCUGCUCACGACUACAGCAGCGGACUCUUCCACCCCGGAGGCUUCCUGGGUGGCCCUGCCUCCAGCUUCACCCCUAAGCAGCGCAGCAAGGCACGCUCCUGUUCAGAAGGCCGGGAAUGCGUCAACUGUGGGGCCACAGCCACCCCUCUCUGGCGGCGGGACGGCACCGGGCACUACCUGUGCAACGCCUGCGGGCUCUACCACAAGAUGAAUGGGCAGAACCGGCCACUCAUCAAGCCUAAGCGGAGACUGUCGGCCGCCAGGAGAGCCGGCACCUGUUGUGCAAAUUGUCAGACGACAACCACCACCUUAUGGCGCCGAAACGCCAACGGGGACCCUGUCUGCAACGCCUGUGGCCUCUACUACAAGCUGCACAAUGUGAACAGGCCGCUGACCAUGAAGAAGGAAGGGAUCCAGACUAGGAACCGGAAGAUGUCCACCAAGUCCAAGAAGAACAAGAAAGGUGCAGAGUGCUUCGAGGAGCUGUCCAAGUGCAUGCAGGAGAAGGCCUCCCCCUUCAGCGCCGCCGCCCUGGCUGGACACAUGGCGCCCGUGGGCCACCUCCCACCCUUCAGCCACUCGGGACACAUCUUGCCCACCCCAACGCCCAUCCACCCCUCCUCCAGUCUCUCCUUUGGCCACCCCCACCCAUCCAGCAUGGUGACCGCCAUGGGCUAGGGACGGCCCCCCACAAAUGGACGGAUGGAUGCCGAGGAGGGUGGCCCGCGGUGCGAGGCUGGGCGCCCCUAGGCAGGGUGGGGUGGGGGCAAACCCUUAGCUGCCUGCCCUUCCCUGAAGACUGAUGGCACUCCCGCCAGCCCAGUCGGAGCCCCAAGCUGCCUCUCCUGUGGGCGCUCCACUCGGCCGUCAGCGGUCACGGUGAAGAUCCUCACCCAGGCUGGGGGGCGGCCUUGGCCCGGCUUCCUGCCCAGGUGGGGUUUCCAUCACGGACGAUUGUUUGGAGAACAGAACGGACAACUUUUUGAAGAGAAAAGGGGGGAGGCAGGGGACAAAUGAAGAAGACCGUUUUUGGGAGGAGAAGGGAGUAGGCAAAAGUAAUUUAUUUUGCUCUUGUUUCUAACAAGGACUGGGAGACUUGGAGGUCCGAGCUGCCCUAGGUUCUCUGGGUCUUUUUGCACCAAGUACCGCUUGGCCCACCUGCUUGCUAGGGCUCUGGGGGCAGGUGUGCGGGGCCCUCGGCCCGCACCUUCCCCUCUGGCUUCCCUCUCUGAAACAGCUGGAGCUCAGGUUGGGCUGAGCCAGUAUAGCCGGACCACCACCGGCCCGGGGAGGCUGAGCGGUGUGUGCCCUGGCGGCCCGGCCCUGGAGGGCAGAGACAAUCAUGGGCGGUCCUGCGCAGAUUCCCAGGCCAGGGCUGGGUCACAGGAAGGAAACAACAUUUUCUUGAGAGGGGAAAUGUCUCCCAGAUCGCUCCCCUGGCUCUGAGGCCGAAGCUGGUGUGACCCGUGUCCCCUUAACGAGCCUGAGCCACAGCCUGACUCCUCUGCCAGGUGGACCCCUGUACAUAACAUCCUUUUUCUGCUCACCCCUCGACCCCCUUCCCUCCCACUCUGAGACAAAAGAAAAAAAAAAUAUAUAUAUAUAUACAAAAGACUGCAUAAGCUUAACUCGCUGAGGAGUUAGUUGUUUUAUUUUUAAACUCAUUUUGGGUCCAGUCAAUUGUACGUUGCCACGGAAGCCCUUGCUGUGGAAAGGAAUAAAACCUACAAACCAAGGCUGUAGCUUCGCAAUUAUUUUUGGAAAAGUUCUUGGAUCCCACAGCCCUCGAACGGGGAGCCGGGGGCCUGGGGAGGGGCUUUGGCUGCUCUUGGCCUCCAGGGGCUGGUCUGGCAGGUGGCAGAGGCAGGAGUUGGGGGGGUGGGUCCAGGGAGAGGCCACGACCCUGCCGGGGUCCCUGGAGACGCCUGGGUUGUGCUCUGCUUUGCUGUGGCUGUCUGGAUCCUUCCCAAGGUACAGCUGUACAUAACCGUGUCCGAGCUUAGAUUCUGUAUGCGGAGGUGGUGGGGUGCGGCGGCCGGCGAGGGCCGGCCCAGGACCAGGAUUGUGCUGAUGUAGUCGACCAAGUGCAAUAUGGGUAGGCGAUCGCUGCGGGGGCACCACAGCCAGAAGUAACUUAUUUUGUACUAGUAUCCGCAUAAGAAAAAGAAUCCGCAGUAUUUUCUGUUUUUAUGUUUUAUUUGGCUUGUUUUAUUUUGGAUUAGUGAACUAAGUUAUUGUUAAUUAUGUACAACAUUUAUAUAUUGUCUGUAAAAAAAUUGUAUGCUAUCCUCCUAUUCCUUUGAAGUGAAUACUGUUAAGAAUAAUAAAAUACUUUUUGUGAA